CUUAGCAACAGAACCCAUACAAACACCUCAAUGACAACAACCCAGAUAGACAUGGUGCUCUUUUGUAGGUGUUGUGUUUUUCUUUACAGGUUAAGCUUUUUAUAAUGUUCAUCUAGACUCUUUUAAUUGUUCCUGCGAUGGCUGAAAUCGUGAUGUUUGAGCCAUUUGAGCUCUUUAACCUCCUCAACCAGAGCAGCCGUGUGUCGAGGCUGGCAGAGAUCAACUUCCUCUGUUUGAUUGAUGCUCGUGAAACCCAAGAUUACAGAAUAAGUCACAUCACAACGGCCCAAAAUAUCAAAACGGACUCAGAGGGCAGCUUCCUCCUGCCGGACGCUGUGGAGGUGGACAGCAUGCAGCAUGUGGUCGUCUACGACAGCAACACGAGCACUCUGGAGGAGGAAGUUGGGUUUCUGGUUGCAGGCAGAGCGGCUGAAUGCGCCCAGGCCCUCGCUAAAGCCAGCCAAUAUCCAGUCCACAUGGUGAGAGGAGGCUUUCAGAGGUUCUCGGCUCUGUACCCUUUCUUAAGGACGGAGAAAAUCCUCUACACCAUCACGGAGCUGGAGAACCUGAAGACGUAUCCGGUGGAGAUCAUAGCAGGGCUGCUGUAUAUGGGGGACCAGAACCAGGGCUUGGACUCCAGCAUCCUCAGAGACCUGAAAAUCAGCGCCGUCGUCAGCAUCUCAUUGAGCGACACCGCCGAAUCGAGAUCCAUAAAGGGGAACCAGACCGUCCUCAACAUCCCGGUGGCCGACUCAGCGGCGUCUGAUUUAUAUUCUAGUUUUGAAAGGAUUUGUAGUUUUAUUGGUUCUCACAUCAACAUGGGCUCUCGUGUCCUGAUAGUUUCCAGACGGGCCAGGAGCCGCUGCAGCGCCGUAACCGUCGCUUUCCUCAUGCAUCACCUCAAAUACACGCUGGAGGAUGCCUGGAAGUACAUGCUCAAAUGUAAACCCAACGUUAGGCCGAACACAGGGUUCCUACAGCAGCUGUCCGACUGGGAGCUUCACACCGCGGGAACAAAAGUGACCGAUAUCUCUGGGCCUCGUUUUUAACAACCAACAGCUACAAAUAAUUCAUAUUUAAACAAUAAAGAGAGAGACAUAUUUUCUUUAUUUCAAA